AUGCCGGGGUUUAAAGAUAGUAGGAGUGACUAUAUAAGAGUCUCUCUGGAGGUUAAUCGUGAAGUACGACGAGCGUCUCCAGAACCAGAGAUAAGAAAUUCGUCUGAAACUUCUCGACUAGCAAACAGACAAUAUCUAUCCUCGUCGAGCUCUAAAAACCGACCGGAGAAGUCUAUGCACCGGGAUACCUUAGAUACCGUAGCUACUCUAGACACCCUUACCUAUAAAGCGCUAGUAGAACCUCUCCACCCAGAAAUAUCUGAACCGGCUAUAGAAAUUUUGAAAAUUUCUCCUCUAAUAGCUAGAGAGUUUGCUAAAGAUCUCCCUAUCUAA